GGUUCUCGAUCCAAGGCCAAUUUGGUCUCGAGCAAUCAGGUUCAUCAAUAGGGCUAAAUCAACUCAGCCCUUCUCAGGUUCAGCAGAUUCAAGUCCAGAUCCAGCUCCAACAUCAACAGCAACACAUGGCUGCCAUGGCUGCAGCUUCCAUCCAAAACCAGAGGCUCAGGCAAUCUCAGUUGCAGCAACAACAACCACAUUUCCUGAAUUUCCUCGGUCCGAAAGCAAUCCGGAUGAAGCAAGUGGGUUCAUUAGCAAAACCCACGAAGCUCUACAGAGGGGUGAGACAGCGGCAUUGGGGGAAAUGGGUUGCAGAGAUCCGUCUACCAAAGAACCGUACUCGGCUUUGGCUCGGCACUUUCGACACCACUGAGGAGGCUGCUUUGGCCUACGAUAGGGCUGCUUACAAGCUUAAAGGAGAGUUCGCGAGGCUUAACUUUCCCGAUCUUAGACACCAAAUUAAUGGAGGAGAGUUUGGCGAUUACAAGCCCUUGCAGUCCUCUGUGGAUGCAAAGCUUCAAGCGAUUUGUCAAAGCUUGGCUAAUUCGCAGAAACAGGGGAAUGGGGGUUGA